CCUCGACCGGCCGACAUGGUUGAGGCGGAUCGCCCCGGGAAGCUUUUCAUUGGCGGGCUCAACCCCGAAACCGAUGAGAAAGGCCUAGAGGCCGCGUUUGGCAAGUAUGGCCGCAUCAGCGAGGUUCUCUUGAUGAAAGAUCGAGAAACCAACAAGUCCAGGGGCUUUGCGUUCGUCACCUUCGAAAGCCCGGCAGACGCCAAGGCCGCCGCCAGAGACAUGAACGGCAAGUCCCUGGAUGGUAAGGCCAUCAAGGUGGCCCAGGCCACCAAGCCGGCGUUUGAGAGCGGGCGGCGGGGCGCACCGCCGCCGUCCCGCAGCCGCGGUCGCCCGAGGGGCCACGGCUAUGCGGGCCCGCCGCGCCGGGAACCGCCACCCUCGCGCCGCGACCCCUACCUGGGCCCCCGGGAGGAGGGCUACUCGCCCAGAGACGGCUACUGGAGCCGAGACUACCCGAGCGCCCGCGACCCCCGCGAGUUUGUGCCCUCGCCCCGAGAGUACACCUACCGCGAUUACGGCCACUCCAGUGCCCGCGACGACUGCCCGUCGAGAGGCUACGGCGACCGAGACGGCUACGGGGGGCGCGACCGCGACUACGCGGACCAUCCGAGUGGAGGCUCCUAUCGAGACCCCUUCGAGAGCUACGGGGACCCGCGCAGCGCCGCCGCAGCGCGGGGGCCCCCGCCUUCUUACGGCGGAGGAGGCCGCUACGACGACUACCGCGGCUGCUCGCCUGACGUGUACGGCGGCGGCCGCGACAGUUACGGCGGCGGCCGCAGCGACCGCUACUCGAGGGGCCGCGACCGGGUAGGCAGAGCCGACCGCGGGCUCUCCCCGUCCUUGGAGAGGGGGUGCCCUCCCCCACGCGAUUCUUACAGCCGCUCUGGCCGCAGGGUCCCCAGGGGCGGAGGCCGCCUGGGAAGCCGUUCGGAGAGAGGGGGAGGCCGCAGCAGAUACUAAGUACCGACAGACUUGGGACCAAAAUUCCGUUUUCAAAGAAACUAACGGAAAGAAGAGUCUGUGCUCUGGUAAACUACCCAAGGACUAGUACAAGGAAGAGUUGUUUUCACCUUUUUAAGAAUUUUUUGUUAACUUCCUCUCCAUAAUUUUUGUGCUUUGGGGAGGAAAAAGUUUUAACUUUUUAACUCGUUUAAUUGCGUUUUGGAAUUGUUAACGUUUCUUUGAACAAGCUCAUGUUAAAAGUAUAAGACUUGAA